AUGGGAGACGCAGACGCAGACGACAAACCCAACAAUGGGAUCCCUGACUGGCAGCGCAAAAACGAGACCGAGGAAAAUGCCGAAGACAGCCUGGCUGUUGCGAGGCGCUUCCUCCAAGACGAGCAUGUGAAGAGCGAGUCGCGAGACAAGAAAGUCGCCUUUCUCAAGGCCAAGGGGAUAGACGACAGCGAUAUCGAGGCUCUCGUGGACGAGUCUCCGUCUUCCCCUACGGAAUCGUCAGCCACAGAAGUUCGCGCUUUGCACAACCCGCACCCGCUCAAGUGGACUGACAGACCCCAGACCAACAGCACACCUUCACCCACGCCAGUCUCCAAAACGACUCCUUCACGAAGCGAACCGAGCAGUCCAACUGCUGACACCGAGCCAACGUCUCACCCGCCCGUUGUCACAUAUCCUGAAUUCCUUGCAACACCUUCCCAGCCUCCACCCCUCGUGACGACUGCAAGAUUGUUGGCCACCCUCCAGAUAACGACGUUGGUCUCUACGCUAGUCGUGGGUACAUCAAAGUUCGUUCUCAGCCCAAUGCUCGAAAGCCUCACGACGUCCCGUGUCGAGUUACACGACGAUGUGUCGGGGCAACUAGACAAGAUGUUGACCCUCCUCGAGGGCACAGUAUCCACCGUACCGACAACGGCCAAGCCGAAGACAGACGCGGACGAGGACGAAGAUGACCCCAGCGAGAUGUUCCAUCGUGAUGUCGGAACACAGACUUUCCUACCAAUCGCCUCCUCAACGACCACGACCACGACCACGACCAAAGCGUCGCCGUCGGAGAUCCAGGCCACGCGAUUGCAAGGUUUCACAAAAUCGCUGGGCGAAAUCAAAGAAGGGCUACGAUCCCAAAGCGAUGAUAUUAGUGAUAUAAAAACCCUGGUUGACGUGUUUCGGGACGACCUUGAUGCUUUGACCUACAAGAGUCCUGUCGAGAUGGACUUUUAUUCGGGGAAAAAGAAAGCAGAGCCGGACGAUGAGACCAAGAAGGUCAGAGAUAAUAUUCGGCGCAUAAAAGGCGCCUUGUUAAGUACAAGAAGUUUUCCGACAUCCGCCAGAUAG